CUGCAAGAAUACCGUUCUAAGUACAUGAAUUUAAUGCUCUCGGUGGCUUCAAAAAUCAUAUUUGAAGCACGAAGCCGCGUGAGCUUACAACAAUUAAGGAUUUGGGAGGAAGAAGUAACACUGUUUUGGAACAUGGAUUAA